AUGGACAGCGAUUUAUUGAGUUCGAUAGAUCAGUUGAAGAAGAAACGUUUGUUGGGAAAUAGAGGACUGAACACUUGUAUUCAUUCUGAUUAUCUACCUUCAUCACCAUUGACAGUUCUUGAAUGCAAAAGGGAAAUUAGGAAUAUUUCAAAACGUAUCUUGGUCGUGCAGAACUUCUCGCUGGCUGGCAGGGAAGACACUGCUUCUGCCUACAAGAAUGAAGAAGACAUCGGAAAAAGCUUGAAAACAUUGUUACCAAAAUAUGGUCUUAAGAGAUCUGACAUAUUCAUAACUAGCAAGCUUGACACUGCUUCUGCCUACAAGAAUGAAGAAGACAUCGGAAAAAGCUUGAAAACAUUGUUACGAAAAUAUGGUCUUAAAAGAUCUGACAUAUUCAUAACUAGCAAGCUUGACACUGCUUCUGCCUACAAGAAUGAAGAAGACAUCGGAAAAAGCUUGAAAACAUUGUUACCAAAAUAUGGUCUUAAAAGAUCUGACAUAUUCAUAACUAGCAAGCUUGACACUGCUUCUGCCUACAAGAAUGAAGAAGACAUCGGAAAAAGCUUGAAAACAUUGUUACCAAAAUAUGGUCUUAAAAGAUCUGACAUAUUCAUAACUAGCAAGCUUGACACUGCUUCUGCCUACAAGAAUGAAGAAGACAUCGGAAAAAGCUUGAAAACAUUGUUACCAAAAUAUGGUCUUAAAAGAUCUGACAUAUUCAUAACUAGCAAGCUUGACACUGCUUCUGCCUACAAGAAUGAAGAAGACAUCGGAAAAAGCUUGAAAACAUUGUUACCAAAAUAUGGUCUUAAAAGAUCUGACAUAUUCAUAACUAGCAAGCUUGACACUGCUUCUGCCUACAAGAAUGAAGAAGACAUCGGAAAAAGCUUGAAAACAUUGUUACCAAAAUAUGGUCUUAAAAGAUCUGACAUAUUCAUAACUAGCAAGCUUGACACUGCUUCUGCCUACAAGAAUGAAGAAGACAUCGGAAAAAGCUUGAAAACAUUGUUACCAAAAUAUGGUCUUAAAAGAUCUGACAUAUUCAUAACUAGCAAGCUUGACACUGCUUCUGCCUACAAGAAUGAAGAAGACAUCGGAAAAAGCUUGAAAACAUUGUUACAAAAUAUGGUCUUAAAAGAUCUGACAUAUUCAUAACUAGCAAGCUUGACACUGCUUCUGCCUACAAGAAUGAAGAAGACAUCGGAAAAAGCUUGAAAACAUUGUUACCAAAAUAUGGUCUUAAAAGAUCUGACAUAUUCAUAACUAGCAAGCUUGACACUGCUUCUGCCUACAAGAAUGAAGAAGACAUCGGAAAAAGCUUGAAAACAUUGUUACCAAAAUAUGGUCUUAAAAGAUCUGACAUAUUCAUAACUAGCAAGCUUGACACUGCUUCUGCCUACAAGAAUGAAGAAGACAUCGGAAAAAGCUUGAAAACAUUGUUACGAAAAUAUGGUCUUAAAAGAUCUGACAUAUUCAUAACUAGCAAGCUUGACACUGCUUCUGCCUACAAGAAUGAAGAAGACAUCGGAAAAAGCUUGAAAACAUUGUUACCAAUCCAUUAAUUGGAAAGAAAUGCUUUCGUACAAGCUCUAUCCAGGUUCACUUUACUUACUGCGACCAGUGGAACGCAUAUUCAUGAAAUGAAAACGAAGAACAUGGAGACGAUCAAGACACUUCUUACCAUCGCUCAAACGGAUGGUAAUUACAUCAGGAAGUCUUGGCUCGAGAUACUGAAAUGCAUUUCCCAACUUGAAUUGGCUCAACUUAUCGGUACUGGUGUGAAAACGCGAUACCUUCACACGGCGUCCAGCGGUGUUACUAAUUCACCCACAGCAUUCAUCGCAAACAACAAGACAUCUUAUGAUAUAACCUCAGGUCGGAUGCCUGUUACCGCUGACUCGAAAAAAAAGCGGCUGGCUCACAGGAAGCCAUUUGGGAGACCGCUGCACAAAGUGUUGUCGUUGCAGUUGACAGAGUUUUCACGGGAUCAGUGAAACUGGAUGGUGAUGCUAUCGUCUAUUUCGUGGAAUGUUUACGUCAAGUCUCGGAAGUUCAGCUUUCCAAUCCUACAAUGAUACGUAUGUUUAGUCUGCAGAAGAUCGUAGAGAUUGCUUAUUACAAUAUUGUUCGUAUUCGGCUGCAAUGGUCACGAAUAUGGGCUGUGUUGGGAGAUCAUUAUAACAAGAUAAUUCAUGUGUCAUUUUAAUGUGGUUGUAACUCUAAUAAAGAAGUUGCGUUCUUCUUUGCGACAAUUAUCCAUGAAGUUCUUGGAAAAGGGGGAAUUGCCAAAUUUCCGAUUUCAAAAGGAUUUUCUCCGACCCUUCGAACACAUAAUGAAGAAAAACAGACUUUGUAGAUUCUUUUCCAAGUUAUAAUUUUACGACGAAUUUUACAAAGGACGUCUUUCGAUCAAUCGCUCUGUCUUGUCUCUUAUAAUUGGAAGGAUUUGAUUAAAAUUCUUUCUUCGAUAUCUUUAUGAACUUGGCAACAAGGACUGCAAUUUUCAGUCUACGAUUUGCUUGAAUCAACAACUGGAUUUUUCACAUUUUCGUUCUUCCACAAUUCGAGAUAUGGUCGUACGAUGUGUCACACAAAUGGUUCAUUUGCAAGCCACAAACAUCAAAUCUGGUUGGAAAAAUGUUUUCUCCGUUUUUCAUUUGGCUACGUCCGAUCAUGAUGAAGGAAUCGUGGAACUCGCUUUUCAAACAACAGCCACGAUUUUUGAGAAAUAUUUCUCCGCGACCAUCGACUCUUUCCAAGAUGCCGUCAAGUGUCUCUCGGAAUUCGCAUGCAACGCAAGUUUCCCGGACACGAAUAUUUAAAGACUACGGAGUAGAGAAUGCUGGGAUAUCAGAGCAGGACAGAAUCUGUGUGAAAGGCUGGUUUCCAGUCCUUUGAGCUUUCGUGUAUCAUCAACCGAUGUAAACUAGAUGUCAGAACAAGAGGCCUAACCGUGAUGUUUGAAAUCAUGAAAACAUACGGGAACACGUUUCUCCAACAUUGGUGGCGUGAUGUGCUUAAAGUCUUGUUUCGAAUUUUCGACAACAUGAAACUACCAGACAGACAGAUAGAUUGGCAGGAGCUUAAGCAGAAUCAUAAUCUGUUGUUCCGGUUUUGCGUGGAAAUAGUUACAAAAGACAUCACACCUCUCUUUUUUCUUGCUAUUUUCUGUUCAAGGCAAGUUGAAAUAUUUUCUUAUUCGCGCUUUUUGUCUUGGAGGAAAUGUUUGAUGGCUCAUAUCCACUAAAAGAGACCUAAUGAAUGUUGUUCAUAGAUUAAAUACCUAAAAACUUCAGAAGUGUAGCGUAUAUUUAAGGAAUACAAUUGUACAAUAAUUUAUUUGAAUAAAAUUUGUUAUCUUCAACAUAAA